GUUAAACUAAUAGGAAAUUAAUUUAUUCCUUUUUAAUUAGUCAUCAUGGUUUUUAAGAGUGGAGAAUAAGCUAAAAGUUUGUUUGUGAUCAUAUAUUAUCUGUAAAUCGAGAAGAAAUAUUUGUAUGUGAUCUACGAUACCAGGUGGUUUGUAAAAUGAUACGAUUUUGUUCAAGACUAAUCAUUAAUGAUAUAAAAAAGCUUAACAACAUUGUUUCAUCUGUAAGAUCAGGCUGUAACCCCCAACAACCUACAAGAUCUAUCGGUCCAAUCUUCAGUUUUAACACAUGUCAUCUCAGGCAUCAAUCGACAGCAACUCCUCCAGCUGCUCAGGCUGAUCCAGAAGAGACCGACAGUGAUUUAAAAAUUGCAGAGUUACCAAUGACUCCACUAGUAGUUUCAGUUGUUGGUAUCAUGCAGGACUUUGGUUUUACUGACACAGAUAUUAAAAAGUUAAUGAUUAAUCAACCAGCUUUACUAAAGACUAGAGCAAAUUUAUGGAGUGAUACUGUAGGCACGUUAAUUAAGUGUGGAUUCGAAAAUGCUGAAAUUUUGUCUAUUUUAGAAGGAUGGCCAAAAGUUUUAUCUAUAAAAAAUAACGAUAUGGUCAGAAGGAUACAGGCAUGGACUGAAUCUGGUUUAGGAGAAAAGCUGAUGUUUGAAGUGCUGACCUCAAAUCCACAUUUUUUAGAGGUGGAUCAUGUUUUUGUUUCAAAACGGAUCAAACAGUAUCAGCUUUACUUUGAAAAUAAGAAGCGAGUGGGAAAACUUUUUAUGUUGGCUCCUAACACACUAGAAGAAAACUGGAAAAUAAUCGUUGACAAAUUAAAUUAUCUCAACGAACUGUGUACUGAUGAGUCUGAUAUAGUUUCAAGUGGAGUUCUGGCUCAUAGUUUAUUUCAUAUCAAAGCUAGACAUGAGUUUCUCAUUAGGGCAGGGAUUUAUAAAAGGCCUUCAAAAGACUUUAAUAAAAAACUUAGUAAGAAUCCAAAACUGGAAUCUAUUGUAAAUAAAACAGAUGAUGAUUUUGUUUCUGAUAUUGCAGGACUUUCCAGGUUCGAGUAUGAUGUGUUCUUAGAAAUUUAUAAAGAGGAACUAGAUGAUGAUGAAGUUGGUUAUGAUUCAGAUGAUGCAGAGACCUACAAAUUCAGUUACAAGAAGUAUAGAAAAUAAAACGUUAAAAAAUUU